AUGCUUCGGAUUUUACGAGGGAAGCCGCUUCAGAUCCGACGCUUGGUCUCGGGAUCAGGAUCUUCAGUGCGAGACCAGAAACAUGAGCUCGCUCUCAACAAGCUACAUACCAAAUGGAUAAGCAAGUGGAAAGCCUCGUUCGGAAACGGGUCGCUUCAUCCUGAUAAGUCUUUAGAUAGCAAAGAAAAACCCUUCUUUUGUCUCUCCAUGUUUCCCUAUCCCUCUGGAAUCUUGCAUCUAGGCCACCAGAGGGUGUACACUAUUAGUGAUGUGAUCUCCAGAUAUAGACGGCUUCAGGGCCGGGAAGUGAUUCAUCCAAUGGGAUGGGAUGCAUUUGGUUUGCCUGCUGAGAAUGCAGCCGUAGAAAGAGGGGUCAACCCAGCCGACUGGACGAAACAGAAUAUUGGGAAAAUGAAACAGCAGAUGGAAUUGAUGUUGGCCGAUUUUGAUUGGGAUCGGGAGGUCGACACAACGUCACCCGAAUACUACAAAUGGACACAAAAGAUCUUCACACUACUCUUUCAGAAUGGCUUGGCCCACCGAAAAGGAGCAGAAAUCAACUGGGACCCUGUGGACCAGACCGUGUUGGCCAACGAACAGGUAGACUCUGAUGGCCGGUCUUGGAGGUCUGGGGCCCAAGUGGAAAAGCGGGUUUUAGAGCAAUGGUUCAUUGGGAUCACAAAAUACGCAGAUGCGCUCAACGAAGACAUGAAGUUGCUUGAUCAGUGGCCUGACAAGGUCAAGGCCAUGCAGAAACAUUGGAUCGGCAAAAGCGAGGGUGCCGAGGUCAAGUUUGCAACCAAUAAAGAUUCUGAUAUUUCUGUUUUUACUUCCAGGCCCGAUACGUUAUUCAGCGUGCAAUUCGUGGCUUUGGCGCUUGACCACCCGCUUGUCUUAGCGGCUAAAACUGCUGACCUGCAAUUGGCCGAAUUCAUUGCUCAGUGCUCUGAAGGCGACACUGACCCAGAGUCGAAGGCAGGCUAUAAGCUCCAGGGCAUUCGAGUAUCUCUUCCUAUAGGAGUGGAUGGCAACGCCAAAUCUGUUUUUGAUAUUCCUGUGUACGCCGCACCAUACGUUCUAGGAUCUUAUGGUCAUGGUGCGGUCAUGGGCUGUCCUGCCCAUGAUGAGCGAGAUUCUGAGUUCUGGCGCCUUCACAACCCCGAAGUACCUGCCAUUCAGACCGUGGGUCCUAAAAACCAAAAAACUGCGUCUGCCAAAGACACCCUUUUCACAGGAAAAGAUGGGUGUUUAUAUGACUCGUCGAUAGUGAGAAAUGGGUUGCCUUCUUUGGGAAUAUUUGCCGGCUUGCCUUCUUCGAAGGCUGGUAGGAAGAUUGUUUCUUGCCUCGAAAAAGUGGGAAGGGGCCAAAAAUCGACCCAGUUUAAGAUCAGAGACUGGUUGAUUAGCAGACAGAGGUAUUGGGGAGCGCCUAUUCCUAUAAUCCACUGUAACUCCUGUGGUCCCGUGCCUGUUCCUGACCAAGAUUUACCUGUGCUUCUUCCGCAAGUCGAGAGCAAGCAUUUCGGUAAGGGCAAUCCUCUUGGAAGUAUCGAGUCUUUCGUGAACACUAAAUGUCCGUCUUGUGGAUCUGCAGCAAAGAGGGAUACAGACACAAUGGAUACCUUUAUUGACUCGUCUUGGUACUUUUUCCGCUACACUGACCCCAAAAACAGCAUGCUGAUCUUUGAUCACAGCAAGGCAACUAGCUCCAUUCCCGUUGACUUGUAUAUAGGAGGAGUGGAGCAUGCCAUUUUGCAUUUGUUGUACUCUAGAUUUGUCUCCAAAUUCUUGGGUGACUGCGGUCUUUGGGACGGUGCGCAUUUCAGAAAUGAGCCCAUUCGGCGUCUUGUUACCCAAGGCAUGGUACAAGGCAAGACAUUCACAGAUCCUCACACAGGGCGAUUUUUGAAGCCAGAAGAGGUAGAGAUAAGAGGUUCUCUUGGUCCAGUCAUAAAGGCCUCUGGUGAAGUGCCUAAUGUGACUUUUGAGAAAAUGUCCAAAUCCAAGUACAAUGGUGUUGAUCCUACUGCGCUCAUUGAUACAUAUGGAGCGGAUGCUGUAAGGGCUCAGAUUCUUUUCGCAGCGCCAGUAUCGGAUGCAUUGAACUGGAACGAAGAACACAUUCAAGGAAUACAACGUUGGUUGAAGAAGGUGAUGAACAUGAAGAGCGAUGUGCUUCUUCAACAGAGCAAAGAAUUCAAGCCAUCAUUGGAAUCAGAUGAAUUCGAGAACUUGACUAUAAAUGGCGAGUAUCUUAAGACGGUAAGGCUCAACAAAGAUGAGUUCAACUUAUACAACGAAGUACAUUAUUAUGCCAACAGAGUGGCUCAGGCAAUUGAGCGCGAUUUAUCUUUGAAUACUGUGAUCUCCGACUACAUGAAGUUGACCAACUAUCUCCAGAAGGUAUUGAAGGAAAACCAGGAGAUCCUGCCAAGUCUCUUGUUGGAUUCUUACAAAAAGAUUUUGAUUAUGAUAAGUCCUGUGACCCCAUCUGUGGCAGAAGAAUGUUGGGAAGGUCUUAGCGAAGGCAUGGGCGAAAAGUGGAAAUCCAUUUUAUGGCAAACUUACCCCACAACUAAGCCUCUUACCUCGCCAUAUACUGACUACAAAAUUGUUGUGAACGGCAAAAAAAUCGGAACAGUAAACCGAAUCAAGAGCAUCGACGGUCUCUCAGAAGAAAGAAUAUUGGAGGUUUUUAAGAGUCACGAUUUGGUGCGUGCCCGGAUAAACGGAAAGAAAAUUAAGAAGGUCAUCGCCAAGAAGGACGUGGUCAGCAUCAUCUGUGGGCUAGACUCCGCUUAA